AUGCCUUCCCUAUUCGACUCGCACGAGGAGUUCAGCGAGUGGUUCUCCAAGGAUAUUGAGAAUGCCGGAAGCGGCAACGGCCAGCUCAAGCCCGAGCAGCUGAAGCGUCUGCACACGAUCCUGAAGCCGUUCAUGCUCCGUCGUGUCAAGAAGCAUGUGCAGAAGGAGCUUGGCGACAAGAUUGAGAUUGAUGUUCUCGUCGACCUCAGUCAACGCCAGCGCGACAUCUACAAGCGCCUCCGAUCCCGCAUCUCGAUCGCCGACCUCAUGAAGGCGGAUACCAACGACUCGACCGCGACCAAGAACCUCAUGAACCUCGUCAUGCAGUUCCGAAAGGUCUGCAACCACCCCGACCUGUUCGAGCGUGCCGAUGUGCAGUCGCCGUUCCUGUUUGGAUCGUUCAGCCAGAGCGGCAACCUUGCGCGACAGGGUGACAACCUGUACUGCCCCAACUCGGCGAAAAACGCCAUCGAGGUGACGGUUCCCAGGAUCCUCUGGGAGGACGGAGGCGUGCUGAAGCGCCCGAGCGAGGAGAGUCUCGCCGGCUCAGACACUUACGUCAUGAACAACCUCAUGAACAUUUGGAGCACCGAGUGGAUCAACAGCUCGCUCAAGGAGGAGCAGUCGCCGUUCGCCUUCCUCAAGGUGAUGGACCUGUCUCCCGGAGAAGCCAACCGCCGUGCCAAGUCGCACCCGCUCGUGCAGUUGCUUGACAAGUCGGAGGACAAGCGCGACAAUGCGAUCAACGGAUCAUACGAGGCUGACCACGACUUUGCUGCUUCUUCGUCCAAGAAGUUCACACCGAUCGAGCCGCGUGUGCCUAACGCCGCACCCGAGGGCACAGACCUUCCUCCUCUGCGCGACAUCACACGCCAGUUCUGGAACCAGUCUUACAUGUCGAGGCGUUCUGCCCGCUUCGCUCAGGAGAGCGCCAUUGCGCCGCCGAUCCGCCCGAUAGCGUCCAGCCGAUCAUACGUCAACACGCAGGAGCGCCUCGAGAACGACCCCCUCGUUCAUUCCGCGCUGUACGGCUCUGCGCCCAGCGAGCGCGACGAUCCGGAUGCGGCAAAGCAGCUCGUUCGCCUGGCACCUGGCAUCUCGCCCACCGGUCUGCUCGAGGCGUCUGCCGAAAACCAGGUGCCGCGCUCCAGCAUCGCGAUUCCACCGCCGCAGCGUCUCAUCGUCGACUCGGCCAAGCUCGCGCGUCUCGACGACCUGCUCCGCGAACUCAAGGCUGGCGGCCACCGUGUGCUGCUGUACUUCCAGAUGACCAAGAUGAUGGACCUCAUCGAGGAGUACCUCAUCUACCGCCAAUACAAGUACCUGCGCCUUGACGGUUCCUCGGCGAUCGGUGACCGUCGUGACAUGGUCACGUCGUGGCAGACGAAUCCAGACAUCUUCGUGUUCUGUCUCAGUACGCGAGCCGGUGGUCUCGGUAUCAACCUGACGGCUGCCGACACGGUCAUCUUCUACGACCACGACUGGAACCCGUCCAACGACGCGCAGGCGAUGGACCGUGCGCACCGUGUCGGUCAGACGAAGCAGGUCACGGUGUACCGCCUGAUUGCUCGCGGCACGAUAGAGGAACGCAUUGUCAAGCUUGCUCGUGCAAAGAAGGACGUGCAGGACAUUGUCGUCGGAGCCAAGAGCGUCAACGACGUCGCCAAGCCGACCGAGAUUGCAAGCCUGUUCAUGGACGACGAGGAUGUUGCCGAGUCGAUGGCGAAGCGCAAGCAGGCCGAGGCGCACGGCUAUGUCGCGCCCGCGUUCGGGCAGACGAAGAAGUCAGCGUUCGGCGACGGCCUCGAUAUCGGCGACGACGAGGGCGACGACUUCUUCACGGCGGCGAACAAGAACCAGCAGCAGGACGACGACGACGACGAUCAGACACCAUCUGGGUCGGGCGCGCGGACGCCGCAGCCGAAGAAGGGCCGCGCAAAGAAGAGCGAGGGCGCAAAGCCAAAGGGCCGCAGCAAGAAGGUCAAGAUUGCCCUUGGACCGGACGGGCUGCCGCUUUGA